GCCUCUUCCCCGCCGGGCAGCGGCCGAAGUGAUGCCCAGUGGUUUGGCCGGAACGUCCCUGCUGAACACCCUCAGCUCUCCCCAGCCUGUGUGCAGAGGGGCUCCAGCCCUUGGAGCAGCUCCGUGACCUCCUCUGGACCCGCUUCGGCAGCUCCAAAUGUGUCUUGCUCUGAGGGUUCCAGGACUGGAGAAAGCUCUGCAAGUGAGGUCUCACCUGAGUGGGGCAGGGGGACAGAAUUCUCCCCCUCACCUGCUGCCCAUGCUGCUGGGGAUGUGCAUAUUGCCAGGCCCUGUCCAGUUUAUUUUCCUUCUCAGAACUCCUGAUCCAUUCACUUCCCAGUCUGUGCUGGUGCCAGAGGUUGCCCCCAGCCAGAUGUAGGGCAAGAUUUCAGGAAACAGGAGCAGCGCAGUUUCCUUGCCUCCUGGCCACCCUCAUUGUGCACUCAGAUGCGCUGUGCUCCUAUUUCUGAUGGCACCAGUAGUGCUGUCCUGGUAUGGCCACAGGCUCUCUCCCCAGUUCACAGGGCCUCAGGACCAAGACUUGCCAGGUAUGCUCUGAAUUUUUCAUGCCCUGUCUGCAGCUUUGUUCACUUUGUUUGCUUUAGCUGUGAGAGCAAUUUCUUCAGGUAUCUAAUUUAUUUCACUUAUCUUUGUGUGGUACAACCAUGGGCUUAUAUUGGUAGUAAUAGCAACCAGUUAUUCUAGGUAGAAUUACGUAUUUACAAAUCUAAUACAUACCCAUGUGAGUCUAAGUGGAAGGAAAGAGAAGAAAGGGAGGGAAAAAAAGAAAAAAAGAAGAGAGGAUGAGGAAACCAUUCACAGGAACAUUACAUUCUUCCCAAUGAAGGAUCCAGAUGCUGACAACUUCCCAUGACCCUCCCCUCCUCCUCUGCAAACAUCUGAGUGAACCAGAGAUCUUAAUAUCCAGACGAGCAGUAGGUCCAUCAGUGGGAAGCACACAGAGUGUGUGGGCUUAGACAUCCAGCCUACCCUGCAGCUGCCUCUCGAUGCCUGUUCUCCCCAGCUACUGGCGCCUGGACAUGCCAGCCCCUCCGAGGUGUACAACCCCGCCACAGUCACAGCUCCUAAAAUAGCAGCGAUUUGCUAGAUUAUCUUGCAUCUCCUUUCCAUUCUAAGAAGACUGUUUGUAUCAUUGCAACUUUAUGGUUUGUGGAUCAUCCUCUAAGAAGAUUAACAAUUACAACUGGCUUGUGGAAAGUUAGAUCCCGCAUGUAACUGACAUUAGUGUUGAGCAUAGACAGGAGCAAACGGGUAGUGCUGUGAGAGCCACAGGAGGAAGAGUAUCAUUCCUGUAGCAUCAUCCUUCCAACCACAGAUACAUAUGGGAAACAACAACAGCUCCACAGUGGAUGAUCUACAGGCUGUCGAGAUCCACCACUGGUACAAGAAAUUCAUGACGGAGUGUCCUUCUGGACAGCUGACAGAGCAUGAAUUUAAGCAGUUCUUUGGGCUUCGAGGGCUGGAUCCAGAGGCCAAUAAAUACAUUGAGCAGAUGUUCCGCACAUUUGAUAUGAACAAGGAUGGAUAUAUUGAUUUCAUGGAAUACGUGGCUGCCCUCAGCCUCGUUCUCCGAGGGAAGAUGGAGCAGAAAUUGCGGUGGUAUUUCAAGCUCUAUGAUGUAGAUGGCAAUGGCUGCAUUGAUCGACAUGAACUGCUCAACAUCAUUAAGGCUAUUCGAGCUAUUAAUGGUGGUGACCAUGAAACUAGUGCAGAAGAGUUCACCAACCGAGUCUUCAACAGGAUUGAUGUGAACGGCGAUGGUGAACUUUCUCUGGAUGAAUUUGUGGAGGGAGCAAGGAAAGAUGAGGAGUUCAUGGAGGUUAUGAUGAAGAGUUUGGACCUGUCACACAUCGUGGCCAUGAUAAACAACCGUCGGCAUAGUGUAUAAAUCAAGCUGGGAGAAAAUGCUGUGCCAGUAAGACAGAAAUUAUCGCUUUGAAAUGGACUGAAAGUAACAUCAAGUUUGUGAAGAGCACUAGCAGAACUGGGUGGUGGAGUGCGGAGGAAAUAUUCAGACAUACAAAAGAAGAUUUUCAAUCUGUUACUAGUGUAGAGAACAAUCAAAAUAAGGUAACCUGCACAGUUCUUGUCACGGUAUUGGUUCAUAAACACCAGCAUGGUUGUCCAUACUAGAUGUGCUUGGAUUUGGCAGUCUCUACAGAAGCAGCUUUAGUCAUAAGAUCACAAGAACUAAAAGAAAAGCCAAUCUGAUAGUGACGAAUCUGUCCUCAGCUGCAGCUGUUUGAGCUUUCUGUGGUCAAAGAACUCUAGCAAACAAGUCAACAGUUUGGAGCAGCUUCUGUAACCAGAGAAAAUAUGCCACUCAGUUUCCCAAAGCAGAAUAAUUACUUGAGAGAUCAAAUCUUUUAUAUACUCAUGGUCCUACUCAUACAACUCCUCUCAUACAACUGAGUCACUGGGAAUGUUCAAGGCCACAUUGAACAAGGCUUGGAGUAACCUGAUCUAACCCCAUGGCAUGGGGCUGAAACAAGAUAAUCUUUGAGGUCCCUUCCUACCCAAACCAAUUUGUGACUCUAUGACAAAUGAAGUAUUUGAAGAUGAUCCUAAUAUUAUUGCCUCACACAUCCUUUAUUGGUCUUUCUUCUCGUUCAUGAAGAGACAAUCUAAUCGAAAGAAACAACUCACCAAGGUGACUUGUGAAUUGUGCUGUUCAUGUGAGUGCUGGAGUGAAGCUGAUACUCUAGAUCAGUGCUGCCAUAAAUGACUCUGAUUUUAUACACAGUGGGAAGAGUAAUGCAGUAUGGAUAGAAGCCCAUCAAACUGUGUUUUGUUCACUGUUCAUUAGAUAAGGUCAUGAUCAAAAGCUUCUUUUAAUCUGGAAGGAGAAUGCAGGAAAUGUUCCAUGGAGUGCCUAUGCCAUAGUUGGCAUGUUUUUCCUGUGCAGGAGGAAGAACUUGCAGACCUGUAACAAAACUUUAGAUUGGACUUAUUCUUGCUUAUAUUUAGGCUUCUGUGAUGUUCAUGGUUUGCAUGGCAAGGUUUUGGUAGCAGGGAGGCUACAGGAGUGGCUUCUUUAAGAAGCUGCUGGGAGCUUCCCCCUUGUCUGGCAGAGACAAUGCCAGCUGCCUCCAGGAUGACACUGGCCAAGCCUGAGACCUUCAGCUGAGGUGGUAACACAUCUGGGAUAACAUAUUUAAGAAGGAAAAGGUUUUGGGCAGAAGCAAUUGCAGCCAGAGAAGUGAGGAUUGAGAAUUUGUGAGAAACAGCUCUGCAGACACCAAAGUCAGCUAAGGAGGGGAGGUGUUUCUGGUACUGGAGCUGAGAUUUUCCUGCAGCCCAUGAUGCAACCCAUAGCAGAGCAGGUUGUCCUGGAGUGCACGGAGGUCUGCAGGAGGGAAGCAGGAAUCCACCUGCAGGCUGUGGAAGAGCCCCACGUUGGAGCAGGUCCUGGAAGGACCUGUGGGCCUGUGGAGAGAAGAGCAGGUUUCCUGGUAUGACUUGUGACCCCACAGGGUACCCACUUUAGAACAGUUCCUGAAGGCCUGACCCCAGAGAAGGACCCACACUGGAGCAGUUCCUGAAAGGCUCUCCCCGGGGACGGCAGCUCACACUGGAGCAGCUUGUGAAGAAACACAGCCCAUGAGAUGGACCCAUAUUGGAGAAAUUAAUGAAGAACUGUCUCCUGUAGGAGGGGUUUCAUGCUGCAGCAGGACAAGAGGGGGGGAAGCAGUGGCAUGAGCUGACCGUAACCUCCGUUCUCAUCUUGCACUGCUGGUGGGGAGGAGGGAGAGAAUCAGGAAUAAAGUUAAUCCUGGGAAGGAGAAAGGGAUG